AUGAAUACUACAACUUAUGCCGGUGGUGUGUCUUGCCUCCUCGACUCGGAGAGCUUCCGGCGCUUCGCCAACGCAGCGGCUCGAUUUCGUUCGAUGCGCCGCUUUGCCUCGGGGGAGAGCGUCGUCGUCGACGACGCAGGGGCGGCUGGCGGCCGCGGGGGCGCCACCGGUAGCGCCGCCGCCAUCUCCUCCUCCCAGCGCCGCGCCGCGUCCUCCUCCUCGGCUUCGAAGGCCGCAGCCGCUGCCUGGUCCUGGCGCUUUCGUUCGGCCGCCGCCUCCUCGUGCCGCCAGCGGUGGUCGGCGCGGUCCGCCGCCUUGGCCUCGCGGUUCCAGCGCUUCUGCGCCGUGUCCUCCUUGAACGAUGGCGCUUUCAGGCCCACGCUGCCGACGCCGCAGCCGAAGCGCCGCUUCGGCGGCCAGGCGAUUUGCUGGCGCCGCCGGUUUUGUGACGGGAACGCAGACCGCCUCAUGGCUGGCCGAAAUUACACGCGUACGAGUACGAGUAUGCGCACGCGGGGCCGCCUCGAGCAGGUCUGUGAUUCAGCACAGAGAGGACAGUGCCUUGAUUCAGCAAUUAUACAAUCGAAUCGAUCGUCCGCAGCGAAUAUUAGGCGAAGCGGCGACCUGUUCGAUCCAAAUUGUGACCUAGCGCUGCUCAGCCUCCCAGCACCCGCCGCGCGCUCACUUGCUUGCUAG